AGUACAAACAAAAAGGAAAAAAAUCAAAAACAAAAUCCAAGUGCGACAAAUAAAUAAAUUAAAAUUCAAUACAUAGAGAAAUACGCGCGCGCAUCUUCUUCUUCCACUGCCCUAACAUAUACAUACAUAUAUGUAUACGUUUGUAUGUAUGCGUGGUGCGUAGCCAGCCAGCCCAUUGGAAUUUGUAUCGUGAAACGCAAUUACAGCAUAAAAUACACAAACAGAGCGAACGAGUGAGCGAGCAAGCGAACGCAUGCUGCGCUCCCCCAACAUCAGCGACAUUAAUACACAACAAGUUGCAACGCCAAGCAGCGGAGCUAGCAUCGCAGCCGCCGCCGCCGUCGUUGUCGUCUCUGCCUCGAGCAGCAGCAGCGAUAAUAACACUGAGCAGCAACAGCAACAACAGUUGAAUACAACAGCAGCAACAGCAACAACAACAACGACGGCAACAAUGCCGGCAAUGCCAAAAGAAAAAGCAGCAACUGCAGUGUCCUUAAGCGAAUCGCUGAAACUGAAAGACUUCUCUCCUAUCUUCUCUGCAAUGGCAACAUCGGCAACGCGACUGCAGCAACAACAACAGCAGCAACACAACACAUGCGGAUGCGGCGCAGCAUCAGCAGCAACAACAGCGACAGCAGCAGCAACAACAACAAACCACACAGAGAACAACAAUAAUAACAAUAACAACAGCAGCAGCAGCAACAAUCGCUAUAGCAGCGGUCGCAGCAUGUUUAUAGGCGGCUACACAUCGCCGUUGGCAGCAGCGGUGGCCAGCAACAGUCCGUCAGUGACGUUGACGCCGCAGCGCGUCAGAAUGUACAGCGACAACAACACAGCGUCAACGUAUCAGCGUCGACUGCAACAGCAUCAACAGCAACAACAACAACAACAGCAGCAACAAGAACAACAACAGCAGCAGCAGCAACAACAACAGCAGCAGCAACAACUACAGCAGCAACAACAACAGCAAGCGUCGACGUCGCCGCCAGCAGCGACGCAACAGACAACGCCGCCGCCACGAAGGUCGCCCACAGACUUUAUCUUUGGCAAAUACAUUGGCGAGGGCAGCUUCAGCAUUGUCUACCUCGCUGUCGACAUUCACUCGCGUCGCGAGUAUGCAAUCAAAGUGUGCGAGAAGCGUCUGAUACUGCGAGAGCACAAGCAGGAGUACAUCAAGCGAGAGCGAGAGGUGAUGCACAUGAUGACCAACGUGGAAGGCUUUGUGAAUCUGUCGUGCACGUUCCAGGAUCCACGCUCCCUCUACUUUGUGAUGACGCAUGCCCGCAACGGCGAUCUCCUGCCCUACAUCAACCGUGUCGGCAGCUUCGAUGUCGCCUGCACCCGCCACUAUGCCGCCGAACUUUUGCUCGCCUGCGAGCACAUGCAUCGUCGCAACGUUGUGCAUCGCGAUCUGAAGCCCGAGAAUAUUCUCUUGGAUGAGGAUAUGCACACACUCAUUGCGGACUUCGGGUCCGCCAAGGUGAUGACACCCCGAGAGCGAACUUUGGCCGCGGCUCAGCUGGCGAGCACCGGAAACAAUGAGGCGAACAAUGGACAGAGACGUCGUCGCUCGGCGAGGAGCUCGGAUGAUGAUGACGAGGACAGCGAAGAGUUGUACGAUGACAUCGAUGAUGAGGAUCAGGAGCAGGAUGAACGCAACAUCUACUACGGCGUCGAGGAGAACGAUGAUGAUGACGACAAUGACGAUGAUGCCGCCGAUGCGGAUCCAGCGCGUUCGCCACGCAAUCGUCGCUUCCAGCGGCGUGCGCGACGUGGCAGCUUUGUGGGAACCGCUCAAUACGUUUCCCCCGAGGUGUUGCAGAAUGGUCCUAUUACACCCGCUGCGGAUCUUUGGGCCUUUGGCUGCAUCAUCUACCAGAUGAUCUCGGGUCUGCCGCCAUUCCGUGGCAGCAACGAUUAUGUCAUCUUCAAGGAGAUUCUCGGUUGUGCCGUUGACUUCCCCCAGGGCUUUGAUCAGGAUGCCGAGGAUCUGGUGCGUCGUCUACUCAAAAUCGAUCCCCGUGAACGUCUGGGAGCUCAGGAUGAAUUCGGCUACUACGAGAGCAUUCGUGCGCAUCCCUUCUUCGCCGGCAUCGAUUGGCAAACGUUGCGCCAACAGACACCACCUCCCAUCUAUCCCUAUCUGCCCGGUGUUAGCCAGGACGAGGAGCUGCGCAGCGGACAUGGCAACAACUACAGUCUGCCCAUCAGCGGAGAUCUGGAACCAGGACUCGAUGAGCGUCAGAUCACACGACUGCUCAGCGCCGAGCUUGGUGUUGGCAGCAGCGUGGCGGCGCCUGCCCAGAAGCCCUCAACAGCAAAGAAUUCCUUCGACUUGAGCGAUGCACAGAAGCUGCAGCGUUUGGAGGCACAAAAGACUGACAAAUGGCAUGUGUUUGCCGAUGGCGAGGUGAUCCUCAAGAUGGGUUUGGUCAACAAGCGCAAGGGUUUGUUUGCCCGCAAGCGCAUGUUGUUGCUGACCACCGGACCCCGUCUCAUCUACAUCGAUCCCGUGCAAAUGAUCAAGAAGGGAGAGAUCCCAUGGAGUCCCGAGUUGCGUGCCGAGAUCAAGAACUUUAAGAUCUUCUUUGUGCAUACGCCGAAUCGCACCUAUUAUCUGGACGAUCCCGAUGGUUUUGCCAUACAGUGGGCCGAGGCCAUUGAGAAUAUGUCGAAAUUAUGCUACGGCGAUGCAGCAGCGUCAGCAACAAGAACAGGUGGCGCCAGCAUCUCAUCCUUCUCCUGCUCAACCGGCGGCAGCAGCAAUAGUUUGGCUGUCUACAGCAGUCCAGCGAAUGCUGGCAACUACUCCAUUUCGCCUGCCUCCAACAGCAGUUCGCCGACAGCGCGGCGAAGUUCACCCUCUCUCAAACAGCAACAGCAACAACAACAAAGCGAAGCGAGAACAUCGCCGACAACGACGCGGGGCAAAAAGACAGCGUCGAAAUGAACAGUGUUGUCAACAGCAGGUGGCGCCAGCAUCUCAUCCAUCUCCUGUGCAAAUGGCAGCAGAAGUCCAGCGAAUGGCGGCAAUUACUCCAAUUCGCCUGCCGCCAACCGCAGUUCACAGACAGCGCGGCGAAGUUCGCAACAACAACAGCAACAGCAGUGAGAAGAACAUUGCCGCUAAAGGAGCGAAGGGAAAAGGACAGACGGCGUCAACAACAACAGGUGGCGCCAGUUUGAAUGUGUAGAGUAGUAAAGCGAAUGCUAUCAACUACUGCAAUUCGCCUGCUUCCAGCGCGGCGAAGUUCGCCCUCGCUAAAGCAACAACAACAACAGCAUCAGAAACAAAGUGAGGCGAACAGCUGAACACGUGUCACAGUGUCUCGCUUAGAUUUAAAUGCAAAUUAAAUUCUAAUUUAGCUGAAAUUUAGUGCAAAGCAAAACACACAUUGAAGGGGUGCGAGCGAGAAGAAACGAGCACAGAACAGUUGUCGAAAGGGAAGUGUAAAAGUUAUAGCAAAAUGCAAAGAGUUUAGUGCUAAUUAAUUAACAACAUAAACUAAUUAAUUCGUUUGUCUAUUCGUUUUUCUUCGACUCGAUUCGUUUCUGUUGUCUGUGUGUUUGUUUCUUGUCGCGUCGCUGUAAAAAACAUAUAAAACAUAAAUAAGCAUAACAUACAACACAUACACACACAUAUAUAAAUAUAAAUCUAAAUUUAAACUAAAUUAAAUUAAUUAAAUUAUUACAACAACACACACAUAUAUACAUAUAUAUUUAUGAUGACCCCGUUUGCAAGGCGUUCUAGUAUAAAAUAGUUUAUCUAAUUUUUUUUAGCGCGUAGUUAGUCACAAUUUAAAUGAAUUACAAAACAUACAUAUAUACAUCUAUAGAGAAGAAGAAGAUGCUAAUGCUGUGGCGCCAUCUGGCGGCCAGCUUGCGCCAUUUUGCAUAACAAACGGGGCUAGACUUAAGUUACAACAAAAACAAAAACAAAACAAAAAAUAAACUAAACUAAAACUAAAUUCAAUUGUAUUCAAAGCAGAGCGUAACUAGCAAAUGAUGUAUGUAAAACUGUAAAAUAGCUAUACAUAUAUAGUAUAUAUAGAUCUAAUACAUAUAUAUAGAAAUACAUAUAUUCUAUAUAAUGGGAGUGUGUUUGUCAUGUCACCUAAUUGUAAAUUGUGUAACUAUGUAAAUCGAUUACAUCUAUAUUCUAUAUACAACAUAUAUAUAUUGUACAUUAGCUCUAUGCGCACGUCUAAAAUGCCUAAAACAAAACUAAAAUGAAACACAGAGUUUAGCGUAGUUUAGCAGAAGAAUGUAGCCGAAAAGUGUGGAGAGCUAAAAUUAAUCGAUAACAAAAUCGAUUGAUUGAAGCUUUUCCGCGUAGCUCGCUCAACUUUCUAGUAAGAAUUUUUGUAUGCUAAUUUUUUGAUUUUUACAAUUAAUUUAUAAUGCUUUUUUGCCCUAUAAAGAAACGUAUAAGACUUUGAGAAACUAUUUAAAACAAGAUGAAAACAUAAAACAAAACAAAAAAAAAUAUGAAGCAGAAAAAGAAACAGAAAUAUAAAUCUAUAUAUAAUAUAUUAUAUACAACAAACCGAAGAAGCAAAGUAAAAAUUAAUACAAAUUGCAUAUACAACAAACAAACAAAUGAAUAACAAAAAUAUAAAAAAUUAAAUGAGCUGGAAAAGUGAAGAAAUUUAGUUGAAAUUACAUUUGGUUUUGAUUGUUUUUUGUGCUCGAAAAAGAAAAAGAAAAAAACACAUUGCAAACGACGAUGAAUUUGUAUUUGUAAUUGUAAACGUAUUUGUUGUAAUAUUAUUAUUAUUAUAAUUUUUUGUUUUUGUUAACUUUUUUGUUGCAUUUCGCAUAAGGAAGAAGAUGAGGAGAAGGAGGAGAGGUUAGCUUAAAAAGUUAUAUGCAAAACAGGUAUAAAAUUGAAUUUUAACUAAAUUAAAAACACAGCAACAACAAAAAAGAGAAAGGAAUAAACAAAGAGAAACCUAAUUACGAUAACGAUAAACGAUUACGAUAACUAUGUUUGGCAUUUCGGUUCGUUAAUCUAAAAAAAAAAACCAAAAAUGUAAAACAAGUUUCUAAAACUCGCGCGUAUUAGUUCAAUUGUAAAUCCUAAGUUACGCCUAGACCACGCCCCUAUCACACACACACAUACACACACCAAUACACACACACACACACACUCACCCUAUUUAGUGUUAAGAUUAAGAUGGAAGUGAGCGAAGAGCUGUCGUAGUUGUAGAUGAAAGAAAGAAAGCAAAAAAUACAUUUGUACAUACAUAUCGCGUCCCGCAUUCGGUGGGCGUGGCCGUAGCAGCAAUUUAAACUAUCUAGAUUAACGCAAGAAAAAACAAAAACAUAAAAAAGAAAAAAAAAACAAACACGUUACGCAAGUAUACAAUUAAUUCAAUUAAAUUAAAUUAAUCUAAAUUAAAUUUAAACAUAACUAAAUUAAAUUGUAUAAUUUAUUGAAAAAA